AUGCGGUUAUUGUACUUGGCCCCAUUGUUGGGACUCAUCUCUGCCGCUCCAGCUGGAAAUGAUGUAGAAAAGCUACCCCCACCAAUUAAGCCCGAAGAACCCGUGGAACCGAUCAAUCAACAAUUGAACGAGAAGCAACGACAGGAUUUAGCUAAGGUAGGUGAGGUUGCUGAGAGUAUUCUGGCAAGGAUGGGCUUCCGAGGUGAUAUGAGAAGAGCUCCCACAUCAUUUGCACAAAAUGAAGAUCUCAACUCGAUUGUUGAAGAAGCGAACUCAAAUAGAGUCAAUUUACAAGGCAUUGCAUCUGGACAGAUCGCUGGAUUGGCUCCAAUUCCUGUGCCCGGUUUCCCAGGACCACAAGAUAUCCCAACGAUCCCCGGAGUGAAUACAAUUCCCGGAUUAAGCAAUUUCAACUAUCUUGUUGGUCAACUUGUCCCUCAGAUGAUUCCACCAGCGAACACCUUACUCGGCUCAUCGAUCAGCCGAAUUCUGCCAAAGGACUCUGCCAAAAACUUGGCUAAAGAUGUCUUCAAAGCGAUUCACCCAGCUGCAGAGAAUGUCGAUGUGGCACGAAUGAUGGGCAGAUGGUUUCAAGUGAUCAACAGCCCUCAUGUAAUCCGUGAAGCCUGCACCAUUUCACAUUUCGGAGCAUUGACGAACAACUCGCUGAACGGGAACACUCCCACGUAUUCAGCCACGUUCACCGUGCUCAAGUUUUAUCGAGAAGGAAACGCGAAUGGGCCACCAAGAUUUUCUCUUGGUUAUGGUUUUAAGAGUGGAGAGACUGGUCAAUUCGUUCUUCACACCUCCAAUGCUCCUGAUGCUGAGCCAUUUUGGAUCAUCAAGAAAGGACCAUUGAAUGAGUACAAUCAAUACGAUUACGCGAUUGUCUCGAAUUGGGUGAGAUUCCCAGUGUUUGUAAUCGCCAGAGAUCCAGAGAGAUUCCAAAAGGAACACAUGAAGAACGUGCUUCAGUUUUUGGAGGAUAACAAUUAUAUUAACGUGAUGACGAAAGCUUUCAACAUGAUUUCUCCAGUCGACUACAACGCUUGCCAAUACACACCCACUUUCAGCUCAGCUGGGAAA